UCAAGAGCUUUAAUCUUAUAUAUAUUUUGAUGUGGUACACCAGUGCAUUCAUAGUGAAAAGCUGUUCAUCAAUACUAACACUACGAACAUCGCUAAAAGUGUUCAGAAACCUCUACUACAUCCAAGAUGGCGCCAGAAAGAAGAGUCAAUGAUGCCGUUCAUCAGUACAUGUCUGAUUUGAGUAGUCGUAUAGUUGCAAAAACUGGAAACCCUUCCGACCGACACCAUUUGGGACAACUGAUUCUACAGAGCCUUAAGGAUGAUCCUGACUUUUUAUUGCAGAUUGACGGAGCGUCGGGGGAAUCAGAAACGUCCGGCUCAGUAUUAGAAAGAUCUGUUCGUUUCGCCAUGAGUCUGCGGAAAUUGGGAAUAAAACCAGGAGAAGUCAUGGUGAUUUUGGCUCCUAACCAUUUGGAUAUAUCUAUCGCUUUAUAUGCUGGACUGUAUCUUGGAAUUAUUGUGUGUGGUAUCGAGCCAAGUACACCACCUGUUGACCUACAGCCACUUCUAUCUACUUCGAAACCUUCAAUAAUCCUUUGUCAGAGCGAUGUUGCUUCAAAAGCACAAAUGGUUUCACUCAACUUGAAUUUGAACCCUCACAUCAUUACUUUUGAUAAAGGAGAUUUUUGUUAUUAUAUUGAUUUUAUGGAAAUGUACAAAGAUGACACGCCCGUGGAGGAAUUUAAGUGUACAGAGCUAGAUCCAGAAAAGUCAGCGGCGUUUAUCAUUAACACAAGCGGAACCACGGGUCAACCCAAAAGUAUAAUUCACUCACAUAAAUAUUUCACUAUACUUCUACCACACAUUUGGUCCAAAUACAGGAAAUUCCCGACACCAACAAAGUUGGUGUUGAUUGGAUCUCCCCUCCAAUGGUCGACUGCAAUAACAAGUUUUAUCAGAUCUGCUGUAUUACGAUACACACGAGUGCAGAGCUCACAAAAGCUUUCCCCUGAAAUGAUGAUGCAUCUCAUUAAUAAAUACAGGCCAACAUAUUCGAUAUUCUCGCCGACUUUGAUGUCGUCACUGCUAAAACUAAAUAAAGUUGACUUGACCUGCUAUGAAGAAAUCAUGUUAUGUGGCCUCCCCGUACCUCAGAACCUCAUUAAAGAAGUCAAGACUCUAACGCCGAAAACAGAAGUAAUAAAUUUGUUUGGAAUGAGUGAACUGGCUGGCCUUGGAUUCUUCGGUGACAACCCUGCGCCUGGAUCAUGUGGAAAGCCAAUGAGUUGCUUCCAAUAUCGGUUACUGGAUGUGGAUACACAACAAGAAAUUCACGAACCGAAUGUUCCAGGAGAGAUAUUGAUCAAAGGCCCUGCUCCAUUCCUAGGUUGUUAUAAGGACGCUGAAGGCACUAAAGAACUCCUAACCAGCGAUGGAUGGUUGAAAACCGGAGACAUAUUCUACUUCGACGAGAAUUGGAACUACUAUUUUGUGGACAAAAUUAAACUGCAGAUCAAGUGCCAUUAUUACAGGAUGUCGCCGACAGAAAUAGAAGAAGUAAUCCGCAAACAUCCAGGAGUAUUGGACGUAGCAGUGACGAGUAUACCACACAGCGAAUGGGGGGAUUUGCCAGUUGCUUGCGUCGUGCCAAAACCCGGAGCCAAACCUAGUGCUGAAGAGAUUAAGAACUUAGUUAAAGAUACGUUGCAAGAACCGAAGAGAUUACUUGGAGGUGUCAUCUUCAUGGAUUAUAUGCCUAUGACGUCCACCACAAAAGUUCACAGAAGAUUAUUAAGACAAUUAGCCCUGGAAUUACCUAGGGCAUAAUUAUUACAUAAGUUAGAUAAUUAUCUUAAAAGUCGUUAGUAUAAGUUUUAUCACCGAUUUUUGCUCAACAAAUACCCCUGAUACAGCUUGAGGUCUACGGAUGGGGCCCAAUAGGGCUGAUGCCGAUAUGGAGCUGGAGGACUUAACGGGUUGCCGGGGCCUCCGGCUUGGAGGGCAGGAGUAGGAACGGGGUGGUUUUUAGUCAAUAAGAGUCUGACACUCCCUACCGUCUCAUCUAGGCAAAGUCAUUCGAUGUUAAUCCAAACUUAAAAAAAAAUACAGUCUGAGGUGUAUUAGUUGCUGUCAAAAAUUGAAGGUCCAAUAGAAACUAGUCUAAAGUCCCCAUCGAGUAAAACAGGGCCUCUCGUUACAAGUGUCAUCUCGUGACCAAAAACUGCAGCUUUCCUCGAAGCAGUCGAUAUAUGUCAUAACAUAUGGUAUAUAUAUCAGUUGUAAACAUUUUGUUUGAUAAAAUUAUUCAUGAUCAUCAUCACGCCUUUACCCCCAAUGGAUAGGCAUAGGUGCAAAUUACACCACUUAUGCCGGAAUACUGAAACGUUACUCAAUUUUAAGUCGUGCUCAAAUA